AGCAAAAGACUCAUGAAAGAAAGGUGGGAGAAAUUUAAGGGAGCUAUUGAGAAAAGCAAGGUUUUUACCUUGACCAAAUACCCAACUUCCUAUUGUCACUUCAACAAGGACUUAUCUGAGCAAUACCCAGCUUUUGCUUGGUUGAACUGCUUGGAGGGCAUAAAAGAUGGCGAGAGUUAUUUGGAAAAAUUGAAGAUUCGUACAAGAGGAGGGGAGAGAUUUGGUGUCGAUGCAAAGUAUGUUAGGGUUAGCAUGAUUGGUACAGAGGACGAGUUCAUUGAAUUAUGUACAAGAUUGUCAAAUGCUAAAAGGGAAUGAUGUUGG